UCCCUCCCUCAUUAUUUUAUUUUCCCAUUGGUUUCUCUCCAUUUCCAUUUGCUCCUCCCAUCUCUCCCUCUCUCUCUCCCUCUCCCUCCCCUAAACAUGAAUUAUCAUACAAAUCUAUUACUCUUAAUCUUACUUAUCUUUUUUAGUCAUACCUUUUCAUUAACUUCUUCCUCUUCAGAAAGUAGUGAUGCUGAUCCUCCUUCUUCUUCGUUUUUUGAAAAGGUAACUUCUUUCAGUCCCAAGUCGUUAAAUUCACAAAAAAACCAAACUUCAUCCUCCAGGCCACCAAAACCUUCAACCGCCGCCUGCGAUGUCUGGACCAAGUCUUGCUCAGAGGCGGUGUUAAGUCUGGCUUGGCGACCGGAGACUGUUAGUUGGUUGAAGAGUGUUAGAAGAAAGAUUCAUGAGAAUCCCGAGCUUGCUUUUGAAGAGUUCAAGACUAGUGAGUUGGUUAGAAAUGAGUUGGAUAAAAUGGAUAUUAGUUAUAAGCAUCCCUUGGCUAAAACGGGUAUUCGGGCUUGGAUCGGUACUGGUGGGCCUCCGUUCGUGGCUAUCAGAGCUGACAUGGAUGCUCUCCCUAUUCAGGAAGCUGUAGAGUGGGAGUACAAAAGCAAAGUUGCUGGCAAAAUGCAUGCUUGUGGGCAUGAUGCACAUGUCGCAAUGCUGAUUGGUGCUGCCAAGAUCUUGAAGAGCCGUGAGCAUCUCUUGAAGGGUACUGUAGUCUUGCUGUUCCAGCCAGCAGAGGAAGCUGGGAAUGGGGCGAAACGGAUGAUAGGAGAUGGUGCUCUGGAAGAUGUGGAGGCUAUAUUUGCAGUUCACGUAUCCCACGAGCAUCGUACUGCAAUGAUCGGUUCGAGGCCUGGUCCUUUGCUAGCUGGAUGUGGCUUCUUCAGAGCAGUAAUUAGCGGCAAAAAGGGCGGUGCUGGGAGCCCACACCAUUCUGUUGACACUAUUUUGGCUGCCUCCGCUGCUGUUAUCAGCUUACAGGGCAUUGUAUCCCGUGAAUCGAACCCACUUGACUCCCAGGUAGUAUCUGUUACAACCAUGGAUGGAGGCAAUAAUGUUGACAUGAUACCAGACACUGUCGUACUUGGUGGUACAUUCAGGGCCUUCUCCAAUACUAGUUUCUAUCAACUCCUUCGCAGAAUAAACGAGGUGAUUGUAGAACAAGCAAGGGUUUUCAGAUGCUCGGCGACAGUAGACUUCUUCGAGCAGGAGUACACAAUCUAUCCACCAACAGUGAAUAAUGAUAAAAUGUAUGAACAUGUUCGGAAAGUAGCCAUUGAUUUACUAGGUCCAGCUAACUUCAAAGUGGUACCACCGAUGAUGGGUGCUGAGGACUUCUCAUUCUACUCACAAGUGGUCCCUGCAGCGUUCUACUACAUCGGCAUAAGGAACGAGACAUUAGGGUCAACACACACAGGCCACUCACCCUAUUUCAUGAUAGACGAGGAUGUUCUACCUAUUGGUGCUGCUGCUCAUGCUACCAUUGCAGAAAGAUACCUUAUCGAGCACAGCUAAUGUUAAAACUAAUUGACUGCUAAAAGAUUGAGCAUGUCCGAAAGCAAAAGAAUUUGCCUCUUCGUUCCUGCUCUCUCUUAUUGUAUUUAGUGUUUGGGAGAGGGAUCCGGUAGAGGGAAAAGUUUUCUCUUGCCAAUGUAAAGGAUAGAGGGAAGGAGGGAGAGGGGCAUCUGUUGGUUCCUAAUUGCAGUUGCAAGUUGCAACCGUAUUUAAUGUUCUUCAAGUAAUAGUAAUUAGCUAUUAUUUAUCAGCA